ACCUUCUUCUUCGCCAUCUUCAUCUUCUUUUGUCUGUUCAGCAUUAGUCCGGGAGCCUUUGUUCCCCUUUAUAUACCCUUUUAAUCGAUGUUCAAUCGAUCCUUCAACCUGAGGGUAACUUCGUCCCAUUGAACUUUGGUGCCCUUCACCAUGAUGAAGGAGGAAGUAGCUCAAGAGCUUGGCUCUUUGAAUGGCAAUGGAACCAAAGCUGGUGCCAGAACCCAAGCGAGCCAGGUUUCACAGGAUCGGGAUCGCGAUGAGCUUCUUCGGCUGGGGAAGAAGCAAGUUUUAAGGCGAAACUUUGCGUUUAUGUCCAUCCUUGGUUUCAGUUGUACCGUCCUUAUUACUUGGGAAGGUGCUCUGAUCUUAUUCGUUACCGGUCUUGAAAACGGUGGAUAUGCUGGCCUGAUAUACGGCUACCUUGUUGUCUGGCUCGGUAACUUUGCGGUAUUCGCUUCUCUUUCGGAAUUGGUUUCUAUGGCUCCGACGUCUGGCGGUCAAUAUCACUGGGUUGCCAUGCUUGCGCCGCCUAGAUGGAGCAAAUUUUUAAGCUACAUGACAGGGUGGGUUACUGUUCUUGGAUGGCAAGCUUCCAUUGCCUCCACUUGCUCUCUGACCAGUGGCCUUAUUCAAGGCCUAAUUGCGUUGACGCAGCCCGACUAUACCCCUCAAAACUGGCAUGGGACGCUUCUGCUUUGGGCAGUCGUGUUAUUCUGUGUCUUUAUCAACACGGUUAUCAGUCGACUACUGCCAAAAAUUGAAGGCUUGAUCCUUAUUCUGCACAUCCUGGGGUUCUUUGCUGUUCUGAUCCCCUUGGUCAAGCUAUCCGAGAAGGCGGACCCGGAAGUGAUUUUUACAGUCUUUAAAAAUGACGGUGGCUGGUCAAGUAAUGGCUUGUCAUUUCUGGUUGGCCUGACUGGAAAUGCGUUUGCCUUCCUUGGACUUGAUGGCGCCUAUCAUAUGUCCGAGGAAAUCCAGCGACCCUCUGUCAUCGUACCGCGAUCAAUCAUGCUUACUUUGGUGAUUAACGGAUCGCUCGGUUUUGGAAUGAUCAUUGCUGUGUUGUUUUGCACUCAAGAUAUUGAUGCCGCUCUUAAUUCACCCACAGGCUUCCCUUUCAUGGAAAUCUUCAGACAAGCUACUUCUCCCUCAGUCGGAGGAGCCGCUGCCAUGGCGAGCAUUAUUACUGCUCUUGCCAUGUGUGCAAAUGUUGGUUUCCUCGCCUCUGCAUCAAGAAUGGUCUGGUCGUUUGCACGCGAUCGUGGUCUUCCUGGCUGGCGGAUUCUGUCAAGGGUCGAAAAACGCACAAUGGUUCCUCUGUGGUCAAUUGCGACCAUUACUAUCAUUGCUAUCCUGCUUUCUCUCAUCACCAUCGGCUCUCUCACGGCUUUCGAUAUUGUGGUCUCUUUGACUGUUGCCGCUCUAUAUAUCAGUUACAUGCUAGCAAUUGCUUUGCUUCUCUACCGUCGCGUCACCGGAGGCAUCUCCUAUUCCUCGGAUUCGCCAACUACGUUGGCCAAUACUGCAGGGUCUCGCCUUGUUUGGGGACCCUGGCGGUUCGGCAAAUUCGGACCCAUUAUCAACGUGUUUGCUCUCUGCUAUCUCCUUGUGAUUCUUGUGUUUAGUUUCUUUCCAGCCCGCACGCCUGUGACAGAUCCCAACGAUAUGAACUACAGCAGUGUUUUGAUUGUGGCAGUGAUGGCCUUCAGCUUGGUGUACUAUUUCCUGUAUGCAAGAAAAACAUACCAAGGUCCACUCGUGGAAGAGGAAGCAAUAUCACUUUCAGGGUAUUGAUUAAUGGUUACUGAUUUCAGCAUGGGGUUUCAGCCAAAGAAAAUGGCAGCAAAAUCGACUAAUUAUUUCCUUUAACCCCCUUUCAGCCAAUGUUUUAUAAUAUUGUCUUCAUCUUCGAAGUAUAUAGUGGGACUGGCUUGGUAUAUAUGGUUACAAGACAACAGAAAUUCUCUUUGGUGUUCUGGGAGGGAUCUAUCGAAGAAAAUUGUGUAUUUAUUGAUUUUCAAGAGGAAGAGAAGUGACGAAUCAAUAUAUAUCCUCGCCUAUUUA